AUGCAAGGUUACGAUGAUGAAUUCGCGAAGACAAGUUCGUCUUCAUAUAGUUCAUAUAAAUCUCAAAUAACACCACGAUCAACAAAUGUUCAACGUCGUUCAGGUGGUCCAUCAGGUAUAAUGACACGUAUGUAUCAAUCAUAUUCAACAUCAGGUGGUAGCGGUGGAUUUAGUACUGGUGGUCUUGGUGCUGGUUUAUCAGGUUUAGCAUCAAUUGCUGGUCUUGGAAGUUUUUCUGGUAUUCCAUUACGACCAAAUCGUGGUUCAUCAGCAUUAGUUGCUGUUAAUGAAACACGUGAAAGAGAAAAACGUGAAUUAAGUCAAUUAAAUGAUAAAUUUGCUCAAUAUGUUGAAAAAGUACGAUUUCUUGAAGCACAAAAUCGUAAAUUACAAUUAGAAUUAGAAGCUUUACAAAAUAAAGCUGGACAAGGUUCAUCAAAAAUCAAAGAAAUGUAUGAAGUUGAAAUGAAUGAAGCUAAAAAACUUAUUGAUGAUACAACACGUGAUCGUGCUGCUGCUGAAGUUAAAGCUCGUGAUGCUGAAAAAGAAGCUGGUCGUUAUCGUAAACGUUAUGAAGAAAUAUUAAAUAGUCGUGAAACUGAUCGAUCAGCUAUUGAUCGUCUUCAACAACAAAUAGCUGAAAAUGAAGCACAAAUUAAUUUAUUCCGUCGUCGUUUAGGUGAUCUUGAAGAUGAAGCACGACGUUAUAAAGCUGAAACACAACGUUUAGCAUCGGAAAUUGCACGUUUACAAAAUGAAAUACAAAAUGAAACAUUUGUUAAAAGUUCACUUGAUACAGAAAAAAUGGCACUUGAAGAUGAACUUGCCAUGCUUAAACAAAUGCAUGAAGCUGAUUUGAAUGAAUUACGUUCAAAAACUGUUGUUGAUGUUAAUUUGGAUCCAUCACACUUCUUCCGUAAUGAAUUAGCACAAGCUAUUCGUGAUAUUCGUAAUGAAUUUGAAGCAUUAAAUGAACAACAACGUGCUGAUUUACAUAAUCGUUAUAUGAUGUCAUACAAUGAACUUAUUUUACGUCAUCAAAAACCAGAUCUUGAUCCAAUUCAAAGUGAACAACAACGUGUACAAGAAGAAAAACUACGCACAACAUUAUUAACAACACGUAAUGAAGUUGCACAUAUGAAAGCAAGAAAUGAAGAAUUAAAUAAUCGUAUACGAGAACUUCAAUUACAUAUUGAUCAAGAACGUGAUGACGGUGGUCGUUUAAUACAAAAACGUGCUGCUGAAAUUGAAGAAUUACGUCGUAAAUUAGAACAAUUACAAAAAGAAUAUGAAGAAGUUACAAAUAUGAAGACAUCAUUAGAAAAAGAAAUUAAUACAUAUAGAGAAUUACUUGAAGGAACAACUAAUCGUGAAGGUCUUAAACAAAUUGUUGAUCAUGUUGUUGAAGAAGCUCGUCGUAUGGAAGCUGAACGAGCUGCUGGUUCGGGUGUUUCUGGUUCAAUCUCAUAUUCAGGUGGUGGUGGUCGUUCAACAACAAUUUCACGUACAUUUAUUAGUAGCAGUGGAUCUGGAUCAGCCGGUGCUGGAAUUAGUGGUUUAGUCACUGGUGGUGCUGGUCGUGUCAGCAGUAGUUAUGGUGGUACACAAGGAGGUAGUGGUGCCGCAUAUUCGCAUGCAUCAAGUCGUCGCGAAUAUACAUCAUCAAGUUAA